CAAUCGUUCCACUGUUGCGCUCCGCGAGUCCGAACACACACACAUGCCUAUGACGAUGGCAUUCCUUCUUGUCAUCAUGCUUGGAAUGUGUGCAUGCACUAGCAGCUCGCCCCUACACCACAACAGAUGCGACGGAAAGGACAUCUUGAGUACAUUAGGCGAUGGUACUCCUGACAACUCUGGCUCCGGAAACCAGUUCCAAUCCCCAGGGCUCGCUGCAAUGCCCAAUCAUUCACUCCUUCUCUCGACGCCACUCCACGUCGCCGCCUAUCGUGGCCGAUCGGAUGUUAUUCAAUGGCUCUUGGAAGAAGGGCACGACAUCAACGCACGAAACCUCAAUGGCGCCACUCCGCUGCAUGUGGCAGCGUUGGCAGACGAAGGCGAGGCCGUGAUGUCGCUGCUGGUGUCCAACGGGGCAAACGUCAACGCGAUCAACUCGACGGGGUCUACACCUCUGCAUGUGUGCGCUCGACUCAACCGUGUGCAUGGAGCCGCCAUCCUAUUGACCCAGGGCGACGCAAACAUACAUGCCGUUACUGCCCAGCUGGAUACUGCAUUACAUCUGACGCCGUCGACAUCGGCCAUGGCAACACUACUCUUGGGAUGUGGAGCUGACCCGACUGUGCGAAAUGCCCUCGAUCGACUGGCAUGGACUCCACUUGGCAACACUGGAGGAAUAGGGCCAUGAUACAGUAGUUACUACUAUGCUAACACGAAGAGCGGUUGUGUAACGUUUAAUAAUCAAUGCAUGCAUUCGGGA